AUGUACACCGCUCCCUCCUCACGGCCACUGCCUUACGCGCCCACGCCUUACAGCUAUACACCGACGAACACCCUGUCAGCACGUAUCAACCUCGAUGAAGAGGUGAAACUCGCUGAUUCGGCGGCUGAGCGAGACCUGGUCGAUUCCCUUGCUGAGAUCUAUAGCAUCAUCCGGACGAUCGAUGGUCUUGAAAAAGCGUACAUUAAGGAUGCCCUCCCCGAAAACGAAUAUUCAGACAUGUGCUCCAAACUUCUCAAACAAUAUCGAUCCAUCCUGAACGACGAAAGCGUCUCUCGAGAAUUUGUGGACCUCGACACUUUUACACGCAAGUGGGACAUCGAAUGUCCAAGAGCAAAAGAAAGACUAAGGGUAGGCCUCACCGCUGAUGAGGUUUUGACGGUCCAAAAGGCCACUCCUUAUGUGGCCGCACCCACCACGACCGCCUCAGGCAGUCUCAUUCUGGCUGCAACCGAGAACUUCAUUACCUUCCUCGACGCGCUACGGUUGAGCAUGGUUUCAAAAAGUGCUCUACACCCAUUGCUGUCGGAUGUAAUUCAGUCAGUGAAUAAGGUGACAGAUCAAGAUUUCGAGCAUCGGGGAAAGAUUAUCCAAUGGCUAAUCACGCUCAAUCAAAUGAAGACGUCGGAAGAGUUGAGCGAAGAACAAGCCCGAGAUCUAGCCUUCGACAUGGAACAAGCAUACAACGGAUUCAAGUCAAUUAUCCACUAA